AUGUCGGCUGUCAAACGGAAAUUAAACAAUACAAAACUGAUUAAGAAAUGUCAGAUCAUUCGAGAAGUUGCGAAGGGAAUGACCAACAAGGAGGCCUCAGAGAAAUCUGGUGUGCCGAAAAGUACCAUCUCCACCUGGAUGGAAAACAAAGAGAAGCUGCUUCAAGGGUUGGAGCAAAGUUCUUCAGAAGCCAAGAAAAUUCGAGGAUGUGAUUUUGAGCAGGUCGACAAGGCAGUUCAGCAAUGGUUUACGCUUCUACGUGGCCACAACGUACCGGUUGAUGGCCAAAUGCUGAAAGAGAAGGCAUUACAAUUCGCUAAAAGCUUUGAUUUCCCGACCUUUAAAGCAUCAGAUGGUUGGCUGGACAAGUGGAAAAAGUCACAGUUAUGCUACAUUUCCCAUAGGGAUCAGCACAUUUCGUUGAAAACCAUUGGUGGCGAAUUUAAGUCCGUUACUCCACAAAUGACCUGUUCUUGGAAUGAAACAACUUUACCAACAAUUCUGUCAAACUAUAAGCUGGAAGAUAUUUUCAAUGCUGACGAGUUCGGUCUUUUCUACCAAUGUCUCCCAGAUAAAACCUAUCACUUCACAGGAGAAACGUGUUCCGGGGGAAGAAAAGCAAAGGCAGGUUUACCGGAAUGGCUGCAGCAAGUGCGAAAGGAGAAAAAUUGCCUAUGUUCGUGA